AUGUUUUUCGCCACAGUACUUUUAGUUGCUUGCUUUGCGGACAUACGUGUUGCCGGUUUGAAGAGCGGUGAUAGUCUGCUAGAGAUUCGCGAGCCGUACCCUACCGCCCACUUCCAAAUCUACGAUGCACCCCUUGAAGUCAGGCCAUCUAGGCGCCGCGCAAUCGACAACACGGAUGAGUCGCACAGCAUCGCCUUGGCUUAUCUGCAGAACAGCCACGGGAUCCGGCCUGAAAAUGUCAAAAUUACAGAUGCUUACACUAAUAAAGACACUGGGAUCAGCCAUGUCUACGUACGUCAGACCUCUGACGGGCUCGACGUGAUCAAUAGUCUCACCAACAUUAACAUCGACAAGUAUGGAAGGGUUAUAUCGUCCUCCCAUGCCUUCGCACCAACUCAUGAGCUGCGCAAAAUAGUACGCUCGAGUAGGCGGAGCUUGACAACUCGCUCUGACCAAUAUGCCUCGUUGAAAUCUGCAUUGAUGACGUUGAGCGAGCACCUCAAUGCAGAAGUUGACGACAAUGUACUCCAAAAUUUGCGCAUUUCUACGCUGUCCUCUGAUGAAGCUCAUGCUCCAACGCUCGUCAUUGAGAAUAUUCCUACGGCUCUGGCUGAAGAUGGUGCAGCUAAGGCACAACAGUCAAUCAUGCAACGAUCAGACAGCACCUUGGCUCACGUAUGGGAUAUGACUCUCCGGCAGGCAAAUCACCGCUGGAAUGCAAGAGUUAAUACAGCAACGGGAGACAUUGAGUUGCUAGCGGACAAAAUGAUACGAGUAUUUGGAAGGGGAUCUGAUGCUAAGUCUUCCACCCGCAACACUCUGCAGAAGCGGUUAUCCUACCAAGUGGUGCCUGUUACGAGGAAGGACCCUACAUACGGAUUUGAGUUCGUCGUGGACCCAGAAACUGUAUCGAGUCCCAAUGGAUGGGUUUACUCGAAUAAUACCUCCGGAAACAAUGUAUUGGCAUUCAAUGGAGCUCAAACGAAUGUGGCAGUUGAAACUAGCCUCAAUGUCUUUGCAUAUGACUACGAUGAGACUGCAUCACCAGCGACACCACAGAAUCUCGGCGCGGCCAUAACGAACGCAUUCUAUGUUGUGAAUACCUUGCAUGAUAUUUUCUAUAUCUACGGCUUUACUGAAGCAACAUUCAACUUCCAAGACGAUAAUUUUGGGAAGGGAGGGCAGGAAAACGACCGCGUCACUAUUUCGGUACAGGACAAUCAUGGUACCAAUAAUGUCAAUUUCUACGCACCACCAGAUGGGCAAAAUGGCGAAAUGCAGCUUUCCCUCUUUGAUUACACUAGUCCAGACCGUGAUAGUGCAUUGGAAAACGACCUAAUUACCAGCUCAUACGCACAAGGUAUGGCAAAUCGCCUCACCGGUGGAGGAACCGCAUCAUGCCUCGCCAGUUCAAUAUCGUCGGGCUUGCUGGUUGGUUGGGGAGAUGCUGUAGCGGAUUGGGUUGAACAAUCAGACACUGUACCGGACUUUACUCUGGGCAACUAUGUGAUGAACAAUACCGUUGGAAUACGACAUUAUCCAUACUCACGAGAUAGCAGUGUCAACCCGUUGACUUACACGGACGGGCCACCCUCAGCAGCGCGUGAUGACAUUGGAGAAGUAUGGGCGAAUAUGCUGCACAACGUUUUAGCAUCCCUGGUGGACAACCGUGGCUGGAGUUCUAGUUUCCUAACCGACUCAACCGGAGAUAGCGGUAAUGUUGUGUAUAUGCAUUUGGUUGUGGACGGCUUGUCCAUACAGCCCUGCGAACCCACCUUCAUUACUGCACGCGAUGCCAUUAUACAAGCCGACCAGAACAGAUAUAAUGGGGAGAACUAUUGCUCACUCUGGCGAUCUUUUGCUAGUAGGGGACUGGGGUUUGGCGCCGCCGAGGAUAAUGUUAACGAGUAUUCGGUUCCACCUGGCUGCUAA